GAGCGAGUUGUACGGUAGUGCGGUGAAAUCGCUCGCCCCGGGUUGAACGACUCCUGUCGGUGCGGUAUUUUGAAAAUUUUUCGUUAAAAAAAAAAAAACCGCGAUCGAAUUCGGUGAAACGACAUGUCGGUCUGAUCCUCGUUCGAUACCCCAAAAAUCGCGGAUCUUGCGGUGGAACUGUUUUUAAAAUUUUGUGCGUUUUUUUUUUCUCCGCUCCUCAUCUUCGUACACGUCAGGUUUUAAAGAGUGAGUCGAAAAGGAAUGUCGAGACCGGGAAGCAUCAAGGAUGGGGAAAAGGGACCCUACGAUCCCGUUCCCACUUCCGCCGACGGAGGUGGCGACGAGAUCAAGCUCGAGGCGAAGAUGUCUCUCCUGAACGGAGUCACCGUGAUCGUUGGAUCGAUCAUUGGCUCCGGCAUCUUCGUCAGUCCAGCUGGAGUGCUCAAAUACACUGGAAGCGUGAACGCAAGUUUACUAGUCUGGACUGCUUCCGGUCUUUUCUCCAUGGUUGGCGCUUAUUGCUACGCUGAGCUGGGAUGUAUGAUAAAAAAAUCCGGUGCCGAUUACGCCUACAUCAUGCAGACUUUUGGCCCGUUCUUGGCCUUCGUUAGACUCUGGAUCGAGUGCAUGAUCGUCAGGCCUUGCAGCCAGGCUAUAGUGGCCCUGACCUUCAGCACUUACGUCCUGAAGCCCAUAUUUCCGGACUGUGAUGCACCGGCCGAUGCAGCUCGCCUGCUCGCAGUGUGCUGCAUCUGUGUCCUGGCCUUCAUAAAUUGCUGGGACGUUCAAUGGGCAACGAGAGUUCAGGACAUCUUCACGUACGCGAAGCUCUUGGCCUUGUUCAUAAUUAUCGUCACUGGAUUCUGGCAGCUGUGCAACGGAAAAACGGAGUACUUCACUUUCGAGGAUACGAAGAUGGAAGUUACAUCGAUAGCUCAGAGCUUCUACCAGGGACUCUUCGCAUACAACGGAUGGAACUACCUCAAUUUCAUCAUCGAAGAGCUCAAGGAUCCGGUGAAGAAUCUACCCAGAGCCAUUGGAAUUUCCUGUACUCUAGUCACAAUCGUCUACGUUUUCGCCAAUGUUGCUUUCUACACUACUCUUAGUCCCGACGAAGUUCUUGGCAGCGGAGCUGUAGCAGUUACAUUUGCCAAUCGGCUCUUUGGCGUGAUGGCAUGGACCAUACCAGUCUUCGUUGCUUUAUCCACCUUCGGAGCUGUCAAUGGUAUUCUGCUAACAUCGUCGAGGUUGUUCUACGCCGGUGCCUGCGAAGGACAGAUGCCAGAAGUUCUGACAAUGAUACAAAUAUCCAGGUUGACUCCUACCCCAGCUGUUUUGUGCAUGGCUCUAUUGUCGAUGGUCUAUCUCUCCUCGUCCAAUAUCUUCAAACUUAUAAGUUACGUGGGAUUCGCCACCUGGAUGAGUAUAGGUGCGUCGGUGCUUUGCGUGCCUUGGCUUAGGUGGGCGCAGCCUAAUCUUCCGAGGCCAAUAAAAGUGAAUCUCAUUUUCCCCGUUGUGUACAUAAUCGCCACGCUCUUCAUCACCCUCGUUCCCAUGUAUGCUGAGCCAAUGGAGACAGCGUACGGUUGUCUCAUGAUCUUGUCAUCAGUACCUGUUUACUUUUUCUUUAUCGCCUGGAAAAACAAACCCAAGUCAUUCACCAAGACAGUAGGAGCCUUCACCCAAAGUAUGCAGAAGCUGAUGAUGGUUGUCCGACCAAAGACAAAUUAAGUAAGCACAACGAGGUUCCUGCAGAAGAUAAUGCUGGUAGUUGGAAAAUCGAAACCCGCUCAGGUUUAACGGCCUCAAUUUAAAUGAAAUUAAACGAAAGUUCAUUUAUAGUAUUUCUAGCAUACCAUGACGGCAACGAUAACGCGUGAGGUGAGAAGAAAAAAAAACAAGAAAAGAAAGAAAAAAAAAAAAAUAAAAAUAAAAUAAAUAAAUAAAUAAAUAAAUACGGCGCCCAAGUGCAACGAGCAGCCACAUUGAAAUUGGGUGCCUGACGAACCGCACGGUCAACCAUAUUGCAAUAACGAUCCGAACAGUGUAAUUAUUUGUCCGUUCCAAGUGACGUAUAUGACUUAUUUUUGAUUGAAGAAAAUGGAUUUUUUUUUUUUUUAUACAUGUUUCUUCAAUUUCUUUUUCUCUUAUCCGCGUUCCACGAUGCACCUUUCACGCAUGAUUACUUUUACUGUAACUAUAAUUAAUUUAUACACAAAUAUUGACGUAGUUUUUUUUUUUUUUUCUAUUUAGGAUUAUUUUGUAUUAUAUAUUACGUCGUAUUGUAUGUAUGAAAAAGAAAAAAAAGGGCUAAUCUCGCUUUGCGUUACAUUAUUAUUACAUAUUAUCAUAUUGUAAGGUAUUUCGGUUGACCCGGUAAAUAUGAUAUAUAAUAUUAUACAUACAUUCGUACAUACACACACACACAUAUAUAUAUAUAAUAUAUAAUAUAUAUAUAACUAUAAGGAAAACGCGUAUACAUAUUAUGCAUAACCCUACGUGUUGAAUGAUAUUGUUACUUAUGUGAAUUCUGUAUAAUUGAUUGAUGUAAUGGGACUUUGAUGAUUCGUUGGGUGAAAAAAAUGUUCAUUCCACAGAUGUAUCAAAUUCAUCGACGCGGUAUCUUUAGCAUACAAUUGCGGAAUCACUUUGCACAUGUUCGACUGUAUAUCCGUAUAAAGUUAGAUAUUAUCAUUGUUCGAAAUGUUCUUCUUGUAAUUGUCAAGAUAUUCGAGAGGGGAGAAGUUUUUUUUUAUAUUUAUUCAUUCUUUAUUUUCCGCAAAAUGUUUCAAAAUAAUUGACUCGGAAAUCGGACUCAAUGCUAUAACUCAACAUUUGCCAAAUAUUUCAAAUCCAAAAUUGCUAGAGUUUAAUUCGUAGUAAAACAUGUUGAUUUACGAUUUCGUUCAAGGAAACGAUAUCUUUGAGAAUUCGUUUUUAAAAACUUGUAACGCCUGAUUCUUUUUUUUUUUUUUUUUUCUCUUUUAAAUCGCUGAGUAAAAAUAAAUUGAAACGAUUGAUAAAAAUAUUUACUCGUGUAAGAAAGUGUUGAGAAAUUUUCAAGACCCGAUACAAUACGUUUUGCUAACGAUUGGGAAAAGGCAUCGUUAAAAUAUAACACUUGUAUCCGCUUGCAACUUAGACUAGGUAAAUUAUUCGUAUAAAUUACGAGUCCUAUUAGACCGAAUGAAUACUCGAACCAACCACUCGAAAUAUUAUUUUAAUGAAAAUACUGUAACAAACUGAUCUGAACGACGUCUUAAAUGGCAUAGAUAAAAGCGAAUCAAUAAUAGGGCAGCGAAUCGAUUAUUGCAUAAUAUUGUUAAUAUUAUUGUCCAAGGAACGUGAAAAAAGAUCUAGAGCCCUUAUUCCUUUUUUAAUGUACAUAUAUAUUUGAAAUAUUUUUCAUUACGACGAUAUUGCAAUAUUUCGUCGAUUUUGCUCAGUAGACUAUUGAUUAAAACAAAUUAACGCAAGACUAAUAUUAAAUAAGCUUCUUUUCGUCGUAUCUCAGAUCGAAGUUUAUUAUUGAAUUCAACUCGAUAUGAUAAUCAGCCAGAAAAAAAAAAAAAAAAAAUGAUACUAUCGGUGACUUUUGAUGAUAAUUUUUCCUUGCUUCUACACGUCUGCGGUUCUAUGUUCCUAGUUAAUUUCCUUUUCACGCAUAAUUUAAUAACAACGAUAAGUUAAAUAAAGCCGGGUAAACUGUUCCUUUUUUUUUAAUUUUUUUUUUUUUUUUCUUUCUCACAUUUAUCUCCCAUCUUCAAUCUCACGCAUUCCUCUGAAUUUUAUUUUGUCAUUGUAUAAAUAUAUUAACGAAAGUAGAAAGAGAGAGAGAAUAAAAAAAAAAAAGAAAAGAAAAGAAAAAUAGAGGUUAUAAUAUACUUAUAAUUAAAAACAGCUGACGCGAUUUAUUGUUCGCGCGUUACCAUCGAUUCAAAAUGAUCACAGCAUGACGGAGUGAUUGAAAUAUAUUUAUGCAUGAACACGAUUAAAUUUAAAUGUUCAAUAUUACACGAAGAAUCAAAGUACAAGGGUGUACAAAAUCGUUAUCAACUCGUAGAAACGAGGGUAAAAGAAAUUGCUAAGAAAAUAAAACAAAAAUGACAAAGAACGAGGAAAAAAUAUAUAAAACUAUUGUAACAAUAAUAAUAAUAUAUUUAAACGCGGAAUUUUAAUUUUCGCAAUUUCGAUGCAGAUAUCACGCUAUCGUGUUACAACUACACACAUAUCUUACGUAGAUGAAUCAAUAAAUUAUGACCAAAAAUUUGUACACAGGGUGACCUGCUAGUGUCGGAUGUAGAAAAAAAAAAAAAAAAAAAAAAAAAAAAAAAAAAAAAAAAAAAACGAGAGUUCGGCUGUCCUAGUAAUAUUAUUACAAACAUACGGAGUCCUUGUACUAUUACUAUUAUUAUUGUUGUUGUUGUUAAUAUUAUUAUUAUUAUUAUUAUUAUUGAUAUCGACUAAAAAGUUCAUUAGAUGACAGACGAGGAUUUUAAUUUAUCACCAUAUAUUAUUAUAACUAUCAUUACUACUCUACGUAUAGUUGAGCGUUUUUAAGAAUAUAGAUUUUUCAAAAUAAUCGAGCAAUCGAACUUCGAUCAAUACGGUUAUAGAAAUGAUGUAAGCGUAUAGGGGUAAAAAAAAAAAAAUUACAUCGAUUGCAACGAUUCGCAACACAAAUAAUAACUAAAUAUGAUUGCGUGUAAAGUACAAAUUUGU